AUGCAGCAGCAGUUGCAACAGCAAAUGCAACAACAAAUGCAACAGCAGAUGCAGCAACAGAUGCAAAUGCAGAUGCAGCAGCAACAGGCGUUUUUGAAACAGCAGGAGCAGAUGUUUCGGGCGGCGAUGUCGGCUAUCAACAUUCAAGUGCCGACGAACCCUGAGCAAAUUCUCGAUUCGCUGGCGAGUAACAUCCGCAAAUUUCGGUACGAGCCGGAUCAAAACGUCACGUUUGUUGCAUGGUACGUACGUUAUCAGGAUUUAUUCGCCAAAGACGCCGUUCGCCUCGACGAUCAAGCCAAGGUGAGAUUGCUGCUACGGAAGUUGGGUCUUUCAGAGCACGAGAGGUACACCAGUUACAUCCUACCGAAAAGCCCCAACGAGGUGAAGUUCGACGACACGGUGAGUAAACUGAAAAGUUUGUUUGGUAUGCCAGAGUCUGUGAUUAGCAGACGGUACCGGUGCUUGCAAGUCACAAAGCAAGUCACUGAGGACUACAAAACGUUCACCUGCCGGGUGAACAAACUGUGUGUCGAAUUCGAACUUGGGAAGCUUUCGGAGGACCAGUUCAAAUGUCUCGUGUUCGUCUGCGAGCUGAAAGCGGAAAGCGAUGCGGAGGUCAGAACCAGGUUGCUGAGCAGAAUCGAGGAGCGGAAUGACAUCACGCUGGAGCAGAUGUAG